AUAUACCCUGAACCUUUCUAAAAUUCUACCACUUGCUCGCCGCCACCGGAGAUUAUCGUGAACUCGUCGCCGGCGGCACCGCCAUCGCAGCCGCGCCUCCCUCCUCGCCGCCAAGAGGAUCAGCAGGGUCUUACGAUUCCAUUCUCUCCUUUUUAAGGGCCUGUUUGCAGUUGCUGUGCUAUGCUGCAGAGUAGUCAUUAAUUCCAGCAGGAUUUUGCCGUGUUCUGAAGACAUGGCAAGAAGUCCGAGAAACCGUAAGCUGGCAGCUCAGCAUCUGAGGUCAGCCUCCCAUGCUGUACCUUAUGACUACAAGAAAACAAAAAAGUUAGACCAGAAAAAUGAAUUACAAUCAACCUCAGAGGAAAAGGACUGGAAAAAUGCCACCUGCUCAAUAUGCUUGGAGCGUCCACAUGAUGCUGUCCUGCUCCUUUGUUCUUCUCAUAGCAAAGGUUGCCGGCCAUACAUGUGUGGUACCAAUUAUAAACAUUCCAACUGCCUUGAGCUGUUCAAAAAUGCUUAUUCGCGGGAGAAACCAGCAUGUGAAGUCUCAACCGUGGUGGCACCAACUAACCAGAAGCCAAAAACAAUGCUGCUUGCAUGCCCCAUUUGCCGCGGGGAAGUUAAAGGGUGGACAGUAGUCAAACCUGCGAGGCGGUUUCUGAACCGCAAAAGGAGAACUUGUAUGCAUGAGGAUUGCUCAUUUGUCGGGACAUAUAAGAGACUCAAAAGGCAUGUGAGGUCUGAACAUCGUUCAUCAAGACCACGUGAAGUUGACCCUGUGCGUUUGGCUGAGUGGAAGGAGUUUGAAAAUGAAAAGGAGAGGCAAGAUGCAAUCAGCAGUGUCAGUGCCCUAAAUCCGGGGUCGGUGAUCAUGGGGGACUACAUCAUUGAUCCAGAUAGCGACAUCGAUGCUUACAUCGAUAACCCUUAUUUCGAUGAUAUCUCUGACCAUGACACAUUCUUAGAUGGUGACGAAGGAUCUUAUCGUAGAGAUUUUGUGCACAGAGUUAGAUCUCAUAGGAGAAAUGGGGAAAGAGCAAGUCGAAAUCUCCCUCACGUUAGGCUUUCUGGCAUUCGUCGUGGUGUUUCACGAAAUCCAUUUCAAGUUGAUUUUGUCGCAAGAUCUGUGAGUCAGCAAAGUGACAGUUAAUAUCAGAGCAUGACAGUUGAAAGAUGGGAUCAAUCUGGGUUUAAUGAUAUCGUUGCAAGGAGGCAGAUACUAGCGAACUAUUAUGCAGCUGAUAAUGGUGAUAUGGAGUUGCUUUAUUUCGUUUUGCUGUUCUGGCAACCCAGUUGAGGUUUAAAGAUUUUUUUUCUUUUUUCUUUAUAUGGGUUGGCCAUCUUGCUCUCUGAGAUGUGCCCAUAUGCUUAUUAGGACGAAGGAAGCACUGGAUGCGGAUGAUCAUCUAAUCAGCAUUUCUCCUUUUUCUAUCAAAGCAAAGGAAUAGUUUAUUUUUUUGAGGUUAAGUCGUCGUCGUUAUGUUAGAGAUCAAAACCACCAUGUAAAUCUUAGUCUCAAUUAUUUUAUUUAAAGUUAAAACGGUCGCCAUA